AGCUGGCGACGCGCUGACGCAGGGCGGCGCCCGCGCCGACGUGCCUGACGCCGCACGCCGUGAGGGCAAGAGGGGGCGCUGGACUCCCCCGCCCCUCCCUCCCUCCCGUCGUCCUCCUCCUGCUUCUGAGGUAAGUAAGGCAGGAAAGCCGCGUCGGGUGAAACUAUGCUAGGCGGGAGGGUGGGGAAGGGAAGGGCGAUGCCUGCCUCAGGUAAGGGAAGGUUGGAGUGCUCACGGGGGCGGGCGUGUCACGGUGGAGGCCAAGGGAAGCGUUUUGAAGUGAGGAGGUGUUGGUUGUGGGUGUGGCCUUCCGCACUCGCCACCCCGCUCCCUUCGUAUGUUGGUACAGCCCAGAUGGCUCCGCGGGCUCCCUAGAGCGCUUGACUUGUUCCUGCCCUCUCCUCUAGAGGGCGCCAAAGCACCUUGGCCUGGCGACAAAAUGGCGUCGCCAAUGUCAACCAAGAGAGGAAGAACCUGACCCACUAAAUGCACCCCUUUAUAACACCUUGACGCCUUAGUUGGGUCUCUUGGCAGUCAAUCACACCCCCUGCCAUCUCCUCCCAGUGCUGUGCCAUUGCUCGCCUGCUGAAGCUGCCAUGACAACCUCAUUUUCAGGGGGUGGGGCUUGAAGGAGCUCAAAGGCGGGGCCUUGAAAACCAUGGGGCGGAGCCCGAUGGCUUAGUUGUAAUUGGUAGUUGAUAGGAUGCUGCUUGAGACCGUGUCAGUCCAUUGGGAGUCUAGUCUCCCAGGGUGAACCCCUAACACAUUGCCCACCACCAUUCCUGAAAAGAUGCAGAUUUGCAUUGCAUUUCUGUAUUCAAAUUUUUAUUUAUUAUUUAAUAUGAUUUAUAUGCCGUUCAAGUUCCCAUCAGAAAAGGUAAGGGCUCCACCCCACCCCGCCACUGUACCCUGAAACUCAGGCUUUCCACGUAACAUGCCGGUCAAUUCUACACUAUAUACCGUAUUUUUUGCACCAUAACACUCACUUUUUUCCUCGUAGAAAGUAAGGGGAAAUGUCUGUGCGUGUUAUGGAGAGAAUGGCUACGGGUGGCAUGCCUACGGAUUUUCCUCCUCUAAAAACUACGUGUGUGUUAUGGUCGGGUGCGUGUUAUAGAGCGAAAAAUACGGUAUGUAAAGCACAGUUACACCACUUAAAACAGUUACAGCUAUUCCCUGGUCAUGGGAAAUGUAGUUUGUUAAAGGUGAUGGGGAUUGUACCUCUGUGAGCUCAACACCCUUUGCAAACUACACUUCCCAGAAUGCUUUGGGAGUAGCUAUUUUGAUUGGAUGCCGGGUUAGGGGUGACCACAGUUUCUGUUGCCCCAUGACACCAUCUCAUGUGUUCAUCACCACCACCCAUAAGUCAUAGGUAGAUAGGGCGUUAGCCACGAAUGGGGAAACUUUGGGGUCUCCAGCUGUUGCUGGGAGCCAACAGCUUUCACCCCCAACCAUUGGGCAUGCUGGCUGGGAUUCUUGAGUUGGAUUCCAACAUUUGUAGAGACACAGUUGCCCCACCAAUGGUCUUAGCUGAUUAAAUUAUUAAAUUAUAUUCAAGCCAGCAGUUAAAACAUCAGUGACAACUGAGCAAAGCUGAAGCCCGCAAAAGAAACCCAGGAACCCACGAACGUAAGGGAAGCCUUUGUUUUAAGCCUACCCUUGAAAGCAAUAAGCGAAACUGAAAUAAGGAGAGGAGCAAGAGCAGCACUUGCUGUGUGUAUGUGGCUUUCCACCUUCAACCCAGAAACCAUCAGCAUUACUGGAGCAUCUUUUGAAUGGGCUCAGUUGAUCUGAGUCAAAGCAAUGGGAGGUAGGAAGGAACUGGUCAUAUCAUGGGCAAGCGUAAUUCAUGGGGAAUAAUUAGUUUCAUUAAUAUUUAGAUCCAUUGUUUUAUUUUGGCCUUGGCCCAGUACUUGAUAAUUUCUAUUAUUUUCUGCGUGCUUAGUCACCUUUGCCAAAAGGCCAAAAAUGAAUAAGAAGUGCAAAUCUAUUAUUUUGCUCCGGAUUUGGGUUGUAUAUUUUUGGAUGCCUUAUUCUUAUAAUGAGUGCAGAGAUAGCUGAGAAUGUCAUUUGUCGUGCUGAAGAAAAAAUAAAUAAAAGAAGAGUUCCAGGAAAAGACUUUAUUCAUGCUGCUGAGAGUGAAAUUAAGGUGAAAUUAAAUUGCUGGGCUACAACGUUGGCCAAAUUCUACAUGUAUUGAUGUUUUGGGAGAAUUUCCUAGGGGGUGGGAAACUGUUGUCUGAUUGCAUUUUUAAAAAUGGAAUAAGGCAAAUCUUGUCCCAUUAGUCUUCAUCAGAACAUUAUUUUUAUUUUAUAUAACAAAAUUUAUAUAAUUGAUUGAGUAGAACCUCAAAGCAGUUUACAUACAGAACAAAAUACUCAAAUUAUCAUUAAAUACAAUUAAAAGUGGGUAUUAAAAACAUUCGAAAGCAGCUGCAAGCUAAAAAGAGAGUAAAAAAAUCAAUUUCUGUAUGUCUGGAUAAGCUUGCCUAAACAAAGAUGUUUUAAGAAGGCACUGAGAAGAGUCCAGCAAAGGCAUUUGCUUGAUGUCAACAGGCAAGGAAUUCCCAAGUAUAGGAGCUGCCACAGUAAAAGUUUCAUUUCUUAUGAAUGCGGAACAAAUAUUAUGUGGCACCUCUAGCAGUGCCAAUUCCAUAGAUCGAAGUGGCCGAGUGGGCAUACUGAGUGGGUAAGGCGAUCCCACAAGUGCAAAGUAUAAGAGGCUGAGGAGUUCUAAAUUUUCUUUUUUAAAUUAUGUCACCAAAUAGGAGCGAGAAUAACGUUUGAAAAAGCAAGGAAAUGUGCCUAUGAUCCUUCCCUCUCUCAAUUCCACCCCAUGGUUGGUAACGUUACUAUCCAAAUUGCCUUUGGUUUCAGGUCAUCCGUGUACAUUUUUUCCUGACAGAGCAGAUCUUGGAUGUAUUCGAAGCAAUGAAAGGAUUUCUCUAGAAAAGAGCUUGAGUCAGUGUUUUGCUUCCGCAACUAGGAAAUGCAGUGAAGGGCAGGUAGAAGUCCUUGCAAGAUCAUUGGCGGCUCCUGAGCAGGUCCAUCUCUUGUUCCUCUGAACCGCCCAGUGCUAAGAAUUGCUGCUUUUUAUAUUUAUUUUUUAACGAUGGGUCCAUCUAGUUCAGUAUCCAGCUUCUGACUAUGGCCAACCAGACUGUUUCUAAAAGAUUGGCUAUUUUGUUUAUUGAAAACCACCCCCUCUCUACUGUUCAGGGAGAAAAAAAGACUCCCCAAGUGAGGACUUGAACCCAGGUUCUCCAGCCAUAGCCUAAUACAUUCACCACUACAUUGAGUUUCAGAAUCACAGCUGCCAAUGCACAGGAACGAAUCAGGGACCUUUAGAUAUUGGCUGCAUUCGUAUCUAAUAGUAAGCCAUAAACCAGAGAUGGGGAGCCUCAGGCCCGUGAGGCAAAUGCGGUCCUCCAGGCAUCAAUCCCACAUGACAAGAAGGGCUGCAACCCAGUAGUAGAGCAUCUUCUCUGCGUAUCGAAGAUCCCAAGUGCAGUUCUCAGCAUCCCCCAUUAGGGCUGGGAGAGAACCCUCUUGGUAACCCUGGAAUGUCGCUGCCAGUCUGCGCCAACACUGCUGAGCUAGGUGGAACCAAGGCUCGGUUUAAGGCAGCUUCCUAAAAUUCCCGACUUCACACGGAAGAUCAGAGCAGUGCAUUGCUAACCGGCUUGCAACCUCUUCAGCAGCUGCAGCCCUAAUCCCGUUCCCCUUUUGCUCAAAUCCCAGCGCACUAGUCGAAACAGAAGCUUGCCCAAGUAUCUUGCACAAAGAGGGGGGCGUUUGAAAUGCCCACCUGCUCCUGGCAUCGUUAAACCAGAUGAGCUGUUGUCACAGGGGGGGAAAUGAAUCCUGUUCAUGCCAAACGACUUGAUAGUUUAAUGCGUAACUGUGCACUGGAAAGAAGGUGAUCUUCUCAGCCAAGCAAAGAAUCCUCCUUCGUUCCCCUUCUCUUCAAUGUCACGGGGGGCGAAGCAUGCCAGCUGUUCAUUCUUCCUACUAGGAAAUCUGCUGAAUGUCCACCCCAGCGGCAGGCCUGUUGGCUUUCUUCGCUCGUGUUUUACCCCAGGGUUGAAUUUGACCCACUGACUUUUCCGUUGUUGCUGCAGCUUAAAUGUGCGGAGCCGUGAAUGAUGAUCUGUCACCGCUCCCAGCUGCAGAGCAAUUGUGGGCCAUCACUUCAGCUAAGUGUUAUAAUUUAGCUCUUAAGACAGCGAAAUGGGGACUCCCGACACCGGCCGUUCUUGGAAAGGCGCCCGAGAGUGGCGUUAAGCAGGCGCCGAGAACAAAGGCCAGAACGUCCCCUGCUGAUGUGAUUCCUCCGCAGGAAGGUAGAACAGUUGCUUUGUAUCGAGAAGGUCCAAGUUCAACCCCCAACAUCUCCAUAUGGGGCUGGACGAAAAACCAAAGGUUCUCCCGAUCUGACCUGCACUUGGUGAGGACAGUGCUAAGAUAGAUGAGCCAAUGGGUCUGAUUCAGUAUAAGCCAGCCUCCUGUGUUCCUGUGCACACAUGGAUGUGUGGUAUUAAGAGGCAGACAGCGGGAGACCUCCUACCCCCAGAGGGAUCUUAGAAAUGGGUUUCCUUUCUGAAGCUUUCUGAGCUCAAAUUAGGAAGCUGCUGUGCCUUUAGUGUACAGUUGUGGGGAACUGUCAGCCUUCCAGAUUUUCCUGAACUCCAAAUCCCAUCAGCCAUCAAGCAUGGCUCAAGGCCAGGGAUCAUGGGAGUUAUAGCAAGAUCUUGAGGGCCAAAGGUCUGCACACCUGAGCUAACUGCUUAGCAUUUUUGUGCAGCAGGGAUGGGGGCCCUGUGGCUCUCCAAAUGAAGGAGCUGGCUAUGUUGAGCCUGGAAUGAGGAGUCAGAGAGGAUAUCUGAUAGCCAUCUUCAGAUAUCUCAAGGGCUGUCCCAUGGAAGAUGAAGCAAGCUUGUUUCCUCCUGCUCUGGAGGGUAGGACUCAAACCAGUGGAUUCAAGUUACAAGAAAGGAUAUUCCGACUAAACAUAAGGAAGAACUUUCUGAGAGUAAGAGCUGCUCAGCAGUGGAACGGUCUCCCUUGGAAGGUUGUGGACUCUCCUUCCUUGGAGGUUGGCUGGCCAUAUGCCAUGGAUGCUUUAGCUGAGAUUCCUGCAUUGCAGGAGGUUGGACUAGAUGGCGCUUGGGGUCUCUUCCAACUCUACAAUUCUAUGUUUAUACGAUUCAAAUGUUGUUGGACUCCAACUGCCAUUAGCCCCAACAAUUUUGGCCAAUGGACAGGGAGGACGAGAGUGGUAACUCAACAUCAUGUGGAGGGCCACAGGUUCCCCAGAUGUUGCUACAACUUGCAUCAUCCCUGGCCAUUGGCCAUGCUUACUGGGGCUGAUGGGAGUUGCAGUUCAGCAAUAUCUGGAGGGCCAAAGGUUACCCAUCCUUGUUCCAGAGUGCUGAACAGUGGCCAAGUGCCCAGUCCAGCUCCAAAACAGAAAACGUCGUAUUCACGGUGAUGCUGUGGUCCCUUCAUUGGAGGAGAGGUUUAAAUCUGGUUUGCCCAAUAACUGCACCAGCCAAAUCCAGCCCCCUAAUCCCCUGUUGUGGGACAGGCAAUCUGGCUUGGCCGGUUUCUGAGCCGUUCUGAAAGACCACCAUUUUCCUUCAGUCUCCCAAAGCCUAGUUAAACAUUUGCCAUCUGUUCCUUGAGAAAUGACAAUAGGUCGCCUUUGCUGAGAACAGUUAAGAAAGGGAGUAUUGUGCCCAUCUUGUUGAGAAUUGCUAUCUGGAUUCACAGACAACGAAAACUUAGUCUUGAGUUCACAGAAACCUCCAGCAUUAAAAGACCAGAAACCCCGAACAACAGACAAGCUUCUGUUCUGAGACCUAGGUUGGAUCUGCAUUCAUCGUCCUUGAGUCAAAUGUGUUCGUGUUUUAAAUGGAUCACUGGCUUGGAUCCAACAUGCCCUUUGACAUACCCUCAAACAUUUCUCCGACAAAAAUAUGGACGUCCUAAUUUUACUAUUUAUACCCCACCCAUCUGACUGGGUUGUCCCAGCCACUCUGGGCAGCUUCCAACAUAUAUAAAAACAUAAUAAAACAUUAAACAUUAAAAAAACUUCCCUAUACAGGGCUGCCUUCAGAUGGCUCAGGGAUCUGAUAAUUCCAUAGCUUCCCAACAUUUCUUUACUGAAAAUAGAGACGUCCUAAGGAAAAACAGGACAUUCCGGUGUCAAAUCAGAAACUGUGGCGGCGUCUGUAAAUCCGGGACUGUUGCUGGAAAAUAGGGAAACUUGGAGGCUCUGGGAUUCCCACCUCCUUCCCCCAAGUUGGUACACGGAAAGUAAAUGUUCUCUGUCAUUGGCAGAUGAUAGUAGUUUUCUGUCUUUUCUGGUUCUUUGUGUUCAGCUAAGAGCCAUUAAAAUAUUUGAAAACUAAUUAAGGAGUAUGUGAAAAUGUCCCAUCUGUUUGGAGGCCUCCUCCCACCCCCACAAGCAUAAAUGUUGGUGGGUCUGUUCCCUGUUUCUCUAGAUGACGCCCGUCACCCGUCAAGAAGUUCUUGGCCUUUAUCGCAAGAUAUUUCGCAUCGCCAGAAAAUGGCAAUCGGCAUCCGGCCAGAUGGAAGAGACCAUCAAAGAAAAACAGUACAUUAUAAAUGAAGCAAAAACGUUAUUCCUAAAGAAUAAAAAUGUGAGUGUUUGUCUUGCUGAAUAUUUAUGGGUUUUGAGUUGGCAUCGAAGAUGGCAGGAGGACUGGCUUCUUCCUGCUCUGUCCCAGCUGACAGGGCAAAUGUUCUUUGUAUGCAGACGGUUGCUUCUUUUUAGACCAGACUGUGAUCAUCAUCGGGUUUCCCCAUGGAAGAAACAAAUCCAGGAUCUAUUAUGAAACUAAUGAAGCUUAAGCUUCAGGGCCCCUAAUCUUGGAGGGGACGCAGAAGCAACUGUAGUAAAAAAUUUGGGUCUAUUAGACCCAAUUUGAGUUGCAAUCCCAAAGUCAGCAGCACAGAUGAUGUAAAGGUGUGGUGAUCUGUGAUCUGUUAAGAUAGCAGUGGUUACCCAGACCUUGUUAUCGGUUGCGAAGGGGCCCCCAUGACAGUUCAAGCUUCAGGGGGCCCCAAAUGUACAUCUGCCAAUGAGCAAAUCAUAGGUCGGGCAGGGGCCACAUUUCCUUCUUGGCAGCCUCCCAGGGGCCACAUGCUGCUGGUGGGUGGGGCCAUAUGUAGAAGAGGGCAGAGUACAUAGCUGUCAACUUUUCCCUUUUCUUGCGAGGAAUCCUAUUCGGAAUAAGGGAAUUUCCCUUUAAAAAAGGGAAACAUUGACAGCUAUGGCAGAGUAACAAAUGUGAAUCUCACCUUUGUAGAAUAAGCUAGUUUCUGCACCGGCUCAGACAUCCCUCUCUUCCUUCCAUCCAGAUGUAAAUCCUACUGAGGUGGCGUACAAAAAAACUCUGACCUGUUGUUGUUUUUAAACAACAGCAACAAAAACCACAUACCCACCCACAACAAUACCAGCAUUUGAAAAGCAAUCAGGAUCCUUCCCACAGAGCAGUUCCUGGUUAAAUGGCCUUAGCACAGGGCGCAACCCAGUUGUAGGUCCUGAAGGACCAGCUGAAGAUCAGUGUGGUGAAAUACCACCGUAAUGGGCUGUAAUCUGAUGCAACUGUGUCGAAUCGUAGAGUUGUAAGGGACCCUAAGGGACAUCUAGUCCAACCCCCCGUAAUGCAGGAAAUCUCAACACUGUCCUCCAUCCAAUUUGAAACUCUGUCAAUUUGAAAUCUCAUCCAGUUUGAAACCAGACCAGACCCUGCUUUUCUUUGCAAACCUGCUAGCAGUUUUAUUGCUGCACAAAGACAAAAGCCUGUGGUUUUUAGCCCCCUAAGAGUUCAGUAGCCUGUGUUUUCAUGUUGGCUGUAGAGGUGGGAGAGGCUAGUCCAGGCAGGGAGCCUCUUAGCAGGCUAGUUACAAAAAAUGCCUUCUGCCAGGCAGGCUGGCUAAGCAGGGGGUUCCAUCCCUGCUCCAACCAGCCUCUUGGAUUUCCAUCUGUGGAGGAAGAGGCUUUCCUUUCUUCAGAUGCUGCUGCAACUCUGAUCAGCCCCAGCAAGCACGGCCGAUUCAGCCAUGUUCAGCAAUGUCUGGAAGGCCAAAGUUACCCCACACCAGCUCUGUGCAUAGCAUAGCAAGAGGUGGACUGUAGUGACCCAUUCUUCCUUUGCCAGCCUGCUCAUUCACUUGCAUGGAAUUCCUGUUCGCCUAUGACUACCAGGCGAAGGCUCAAAUGUAAAGCAUGCGAGUUCUGUUUUAAGAAUUCCUCCUUUGGAAUGUUUGGGAGACAAAAAACCCCAUGGUUUUGCUUUCCUGAACUGUGAGCGAUAUAUAUUUUUAUCAAAAGUAGACCUACAACUUAAUUAAAAGACAGCGCAGUCCAAAUGGGUAGGCACGAAAAGAGCUCAAAUUAGACACUCCGUGGGAGAACAAAGAGCUGCUCUGAGUUAAAUUUGGAAUCAAUCAAAGGGCCGCUCAGAACCCAAUCCAGAGAAGAGAUAUGGGUACCUCACAUUUAACAACGCUCUUUGAUCCCAUUGAUUUAAAUGGCACUUAGGCACACAAAUUUCCUUCCGAGUGUGCUGUGUGGCCUUGAUCAGCAGCGGACAUUGAACGAUGCUAAAAUUUGGCACCCCGACCUCUCCUGAUCCGUUCUGUAGCAUUGUUUCGGCACCCCCUGCAGGCUGACGCCCAGUGCUUCCGCAGCGGUCCUGCUAGUCUAAAACCGCCUCUGCCUUGAUACUUGGCCCAGUGGAGGCUGGUUUGUUAAGGUGAAUGGGCCAUUGCCCCACCAGCCUCAGCCUCAACCUCAGAUUCUAUUUUUUAAUAAAGAGAAUCAAUAGAAUGUCAUUGCCUGGGCUAGUGGGAGAGGGAGGGGGGAACCCUGCAAGGUGAUUUUUGAGAUGGCUAAUUUCUACAUGGAUUCACAGCUUUCUAUUUUGAUUUCUGUUUUGUCUUAUGUUGUUUGAGAAGUUAACAGAUCCGAAGCUGAUUAAACAAUGUAUAGACGAAUGCACAGCGAGAAUAGAGAUAGGACUUCACUAUCACAUCCCAUAUCCAAGGCCUGUAAGUAGAAAUCCACCUGAUGUGAAUAUCUUGGCCCCAUUACUCCAUAGAAUUCCACAUGUUCUAGACAGAAGCUACUGAAUCAUCCCAUUUGCUUCUCCAGGAACAAUCCUACAAUUACUGCUAAGCACAUGAGUCAGAUUGAAUCAGGAGUAUAUCUUCAAAGAUGUCUCCCACAUCUGCAAGAGUCAUUAAAAUGAUGUCUUUUAGUAACACAAGUUGCUUGGAGAAUCAGGAUGUUGGCUUGAUAUUUAAUUACCAUGUAGCACCGAUUCUCAAAUUUUUAGACUUCAAAUGAUAUUAAUUAUCAGCCCACAGACAGUCACAAAGACAGUUCCUUCUGUCAGCAUUCAGUUCUUUUUGCAAGUGGGGGUCCAAUAUGGCAGUAAUCCAUUUGUUUCCCCCCUGCCCAUACAGUGUUUACCAUGAUUUUACUCCCCAGAUCUCAGAACCUAGGCUGAAUUGAUAAACCACAUUUUUGAGAUCGGCUGGGAAAUCAGAGACCACAGCCAGAAAUUGGAUUGCAAACCCUCAUUUGGCAGAAUGUUUGAAUUGACAAACCAUGAUUACGUCCAUUGUUGUGCUUCCAGAGGCCAUUGGCUCAGAGACAUGAGCACGGAGCGAACAGAAAACAAAAGCAGACCCACAGCUCUAAAUUAUGGUUUGCCUGUACCUUUGGAAGCUCACUUCAUGGUUUGGGUUCUGAACGGUGGUCAGUGGAAACCAUGGUUCAGCACAAUAUCUGAAUUGAACCUCUGGUCUUACUUCAGUGUAACAGUAAAUGGUGAAAAUACUAAUCUUGGUCAGUUGGUUCCUUCUCACCCUUUCUGGAGCAAGGGGUGGGAAAGGAACCCUGGCUUAGCAUUAAAUCUGAAGGAGAUAUACUGGUUUGUUUGCUCCCAAAGCCAAAGUUAGCUUACUUACUGAUCAUGAUUUCUUAGAGCAAAAUCACUAAUGAUCUCUGGUUUGGAAACCAAACUGUUUCCUCCACACACUAGGAAGGAGGAGAUAAAUGGUCCAGAAAUGCAUGUCCAUGGUAAACAUUAGCUAUGGUUCAACCUAAGGUGUGAAAAGAUGGACCAUGGCAUGCCUUUAUGGGGACAGAAACUGGGAUGUGACUCCACUUCUUCCAGGCCCACAUGCAACACCCCCUUCAUUGGGCUAUGGCAGGGGGGUGGAACUGGUUGCAUGUGUGUCUGUUUUCUGAUUUUUUGCAGUUUCCAAACGUUUGGGUUUUUAAAAAUUAUUUUCUCCUUGCUUCUCAUAGACUCAUCUGCCUCCCAUGGGUCUCGCCCAGCAGCACGGCCGUACUUUUCGACAUCAAGAGAAGCUGAGGAAGCUUUCCAAGCCAAUCUACUUGAAAUCCCACGAUGAAAUUUCAUAAUCAAGACUGUUGCCUGUGCCAUCCCGGACUGCUUGGCAGAUUCCUUUCAUGCAUAAAUGAAACUGGUGUGGUUUGCACUUGCUGACAUCGCCCUCAAGGCCAGGGGCCCACUUGAUCCUGAGAAGGCGAUGAGUAAGGAGACAAUCAAACGGUCUUGUAUUUAUUAAGAGUCAGCAGAUGACUCACCAAUAAAAGUCAGAUGAUUUAUGAUAGGAAAGGCAAAGUGUGAUGCGUCUUGCAUUGUAGAAGGAUAUAGCACCAUGCAGAAAGGGUCAAUAAUCUUCUGAAACCUAAAAUAUUGUUUUUCAAAGACUACAGCAGCAUGGUGUGGCAAGUAGAAAACACCUCUAGUAGACAACAGAAUGGUCUAGUUUGGGCAAUAUUUUCCCCGGCCUUUUUGCACACGGCUGAGGAGUGAGAUUGUGCCUUCCAUUCCUACCCACUGGCGGCCCUAGUCUCUCUCUACAUCCUCAUGCAGAGCCGUAACUUGUGCAUAAAAUCCAACGCAUGGAGGCCUAGCCAGUGGGAGAUCCUGGCAUGUUUCAUGUGCGCCUAUUGGGAAGUAGAUGUCAGCCCACAAGCACUCAUUCAGCAUGUUACCCACCCAACUCAUUUUAAGGCUCUUGUGCCUUUGAUGAAGCACUCGGUCGGCUACUGUGCCCUAUGUUUGAAAAAGGACAGGGUUGAAAAACAUCAGCAAAGACAGAAAAUAACCCUCUGGCAAGAUGCCUGAAAUAGCCCUCCAAUUUAGACCAGGGUGGGAAACCUUUGACCCUACAAUAUUUGAGGGAACCACAACUCCCAUCACUCCUGAUCAUUGACCUUGCUGGCUGGAGCUGAUGGGAGUUGGGAGUCCAACAACAUCUUGAGGACCACAUGUUCCCCAUCCCCGGUUUAGGCCUCCCUUUCAAUGGAUAACACUGUAAUUUUAAAGCAGGGAUACAGAUCCUGUGGCCCUCCAAAUGUUGUUGGACUCCAGCUCCCAUCAGGCCCAGCCAGCAUAGCUGAUGGUCAGGGAUUAUGGGAGUUGUAAUCUAACAACAUCUGGAAGACCACAGAUUCCCUUGUUUUAUAGCUGAAGGUCUAAUCUAGAUUUGCGUGUGGGUCAAAAUCUGCCCUGCUAUUAAGAACAUACUGUUCAUGUCAGGAGAUGGUACCGGCCAAUUGUUAACAUAAACAGAACUCCAGACAAAGCAUGGAAUAAUCUACCUAAGGUUAGCAGGAUAGUAGUGUCUCUGGCUGCCAUAGGAAUAAUGCAGGUCAGCCUGAGCUGUUUCAUUUGAAUGGGGUGAUGCGGUGAACAGCAGCUUAUGAACACUUCUUCAAGUGUUUUGUGUUCUUGGUAGCAACUUGUGUCAACAGGGUAUGACUCAAGUAAGAAACCUUUUUCAUGCAAAUGACUUGAAAGCACAACUUUUAUCCCAUCAGAGAAUUCUACAAGGUAGAAAUGCAAAGUCCUCUUCUUUUAUCUCUGUUAAGGCUGAAUUGUUUCUUGUGUUGUAUUUGUGGAAACGUCAUUGUAAGAGGCCUGAGUUACUCUUCCCCAGAAUGUGUAGCUUCAGUCAUUGCACACGUCCUCUAAAAUGUGUCCAGCCCAUUCACUGCUUGAGAUAUAUGUUGUCCAUUAACCACAGACAGCUGUGCAGAGGGUUUUUCCCCUUUGAAUAUCCAUCUUUUGAAUUCUGGGCUUAAAGGAACUAAAAGCUUGAAUAUCCAAAGUAUAUAAAUAAGGCAAGUGAGCUGGUGCAAUGAGGUAUUGCGUGGCCUAAUUAGCUGAGUCAAUAUUACUAUCUGGUUAUGGCAAAAGCUCAGGGGUAGAACACCCAGUUCUGCAAGCAGCUCACUAGAUGGCCCCAGGCAAUCAGAAAAGGGUCUCUCUUCAACAUUCAUGAAUUAAACAGCAUCCAAACCAGCUGACUCCUGGGAAAAUGCAACUUGGUUUUAAAAAAGAGCAACAACAAAACCGAGCCCCAACAAUAUACACCUUUUCAGCUUUUGAAAUUUGAUCAGGGCGUCUUGAAAUUGCUGCUCUUUGAAAACCUGAAGUUAUUACACCUACGAUCCCCUUUCAAAGCAUUUUGCGCUUCUUUGAGAAAAGACUCUGCAUAAGCAGAAAACAGUUUCACGGAGUUAAUUAAAGCUUCCACAGGAGAAGGCUGGAAGGUACUGCCCAGCAGAAAGUGCAUACCUAAAAAGAGGAGCUGCUGCUGCAGGCUCCCCCCCCCCCACUCCUCGGAGGGGCAAGGCUGGUUUCCCCACACUGUCUGUCUUGUGCCUCGCACCCCCCCCCACUUCAAGUGGACACUUCCCUUCUUUAUGUUUUUCCCCAUGAGUAAGGGUUACAGCAUUUGGGGCAUUUUAGCUCAUCAAAAAAACAAGGACAUAAUAGAAGUGGAUACAAUUGUGCAUCAUGAGGAGAAAAUGGCCAUGAACAAACCUUUUUUCCCCCUCUUAAUACCAGAGCCAAGGAAUCAGCCAAUGAAACCGAAUGGCUGACAAUGCAGUGUCUUCCAUAGUUCAUCUGUGCACAAUAGGCUAUUGGCACAACAGCGCCCUCCCCACUUGUGAUUCUCAGCAGCUGGCACUGAGUGGCAGACUGCCUCUGGCAGUGUGAAGCAGAACACAGCCAUCAUGGCUAGCAGCCAUUGAUUGCCUUAUCCAUCAAAUCCGUCAGCCUUUGUUUUUAGGCAAGUCCAUAUGUCCUCUGAUAUUUGGGGAACACCAUUGCUCACCAUAGCUUUGCAUGCAGAAGGUUCCCAGGGUCAAUCUCCAGCAGAAGGUGAUAAGAGAGAGCUCCCAUUUAAGGAGCUGCUGCCUUUCAGAGUAGUAGAAACAAAAUUAAAAAAUUCCUUCCAGUAGCACCUUAGAGACCAACUAAGUUGGCAUGAGCUUUCAUGUGCAUGCACACUUUUUCAGAGUAGGUAACUGCGUUAGGCAGAGAUAUACUCUAACCUGGUCAAAGGCAGCCUUCCUAUAGAAUUGGCAAACCAAGCAGGCCACAUUCCAAGUUUUUCAACCUUGGCACAAGACAAUUUCCCUGGAAGCAGAUGCUCUGCCAUGUGUCUUUCCAUCCUGCAUGUCUUCCUUGCUGCUCGAGAUACAAUUAUUCAGACAUGCAGCCUAUGUGUCAUAUUUGACUCAUCCUCUUCUUUCUUCUACAUCCAAUCCAGUCAUUUCUUCCUGUCCAACUGACUACAAUAAUAGCUUUUCCCCUUUGAAGUUGUUCCUUAUCUAUCCUACUGCUUUCUAUGCUGCUGUGGGUGUCUGUCCCAUACUAAAUAAAUGAAAAGGUGUGUGUGUGUGUGUGUGUGUGUGUGUUGACUAAUCAAACAGCAACAUAAAGGGGGAGGGGAGCAAUAAAUAAAUAAAAAUCAAAGGUGGCAGACUUAAAUAAACUUUGUGAUGCCCAAAAAUCUGUGUUCCCCUCACAGAGCUGCAAGCUCCAGAGUUCUCUAUGAAGAGGAACUAACCACUCUUGGCACCCUUAAUAACUCCAGUGCCCAGGAUUUUAGAGGGGGAAGUCAUGACUGUGUAAAUAGGUAUGAUACUGCUUUAAAUGUAUGGUGCAGAUGGGGCCUAAAACCACAAGAUUAACAUCUGAGGCAGAGAGGGGAAGGCAGAGGGCAAGGAAGACGUUACAUAGGAAUGGAUGGAUUAUGAAAUCACAGAAUCAAAGAAUCAUAGAGCUAGAAGGGAAUAAAGGGUCAUCUAGUUCAACAUCCUGCAAUGCAGGGGCUCAAACCCAUGACCCUGACCUGAAAAUGAAAGCCAUGGUAGGAACUGGGGAAAGCCAGAAGUGAAGUUGAAUGAAAUGCCAAGGCAAAGAGUUCAGUGAGAGAUCUGGCAGUGGUGCCUUUUGCUUCCUCUUUCUGGGAGCACCCUCCUGAGUCACCCUGAGAGCAAACGGGUUGCUGUGAGUGUGGCUGUUAGAACAGGGGAAAGGAAGGGCCCACUUCUCAAUCCUCAAUACAAAAUGGCUCGACCCAAGAGAGAAAGCAAACUGAGAGCAAAGCAGAGAGGACCUCCAGACCAUCGCUAGUUUUGGGUGAGAUUCAGCCACAUCCCAGCAAAUCCUGGUUGUGCAGUCGAAGGCGAUUGGGAGGCCUUGCACAACAAACCCACUCCCCCCAAAAAAAGAAUGGUCUUUUUACAAUAAGAGAUGAGAAAGUGCCCUGGAAAGUGUGGGAUAAUGCUGGCUUGAAGCAACAUCGCUCACAUGCACAGCAUACAUUUAAAGCACAUGGCCUCCUCCAAAGGACCUAGAGAACUGUAGUUUACCUUUCACAGCACUACAAUUCCCAGGACCCUUAACAAACUACAUAUUUGUUUGUGAGAUUCUUACCCCAUACAAGCCCUCUCGGACUGCUUUGAUCUGUGGAACUGGCACUGUUACAGAUGUUCUGCAUCUGUAGGAAACUGAUCUUUUAAUGUGGUGGCCCCUAUACUUUGGAACUCCCUGCCUAUUGAUAUCAUGCUGGCAGCUUCAGUGCACUCUUUUUGGUACCUACUUAAAACAUUCUUGUUUAGACAAGCCUACUUCUCUAUCUGAAAUACUGAUGUGUUUUUAGUUCACUGCUGGUUUCAAUUUUCUGAAUGUUUUAAAUUGUUUUUACUAAUAAUUUUAUUGUAUUCUUUUUUAAAACCCCUUUGAGGGUUGGUGUUGUUUUUAGAAUCAAGCAGCAUAUAAACUUUAUGAAAUACAUGCAUGCAAACAUAAAUGUAUGGUGUAGAUGCAGCUGCUGUCUAACCUCCUUGGAAACAAAUCAGGAUGAAUGUGCAAUAAAACAAGUUGCUCAAACCUUAGGUUUUCUUUAUUUUCAAUGGGGCGAUGGUUGUAGCCUGAUACUUCUUUCUUUUCAAAGGGGCAAUAGUUGCAGCCGUGCUUUUUCAUCAGAAAGCACAGGCAUACGACACCAACCAUUUAGUCAUCGAGCUGGCAAAGCGCAGCUACGCCCCUAUUGAUCCAGUGCUUCUGGGGCAAAUCGGAAGGGAGCUCAAUGGAGAGCACGUAAUUGGUGGAGUGGCCAGUGGUGGACAGGGUGCCUCUCCUGGCACUGGUUUUGUAGACGGGGCACAGGUAAAUCCCUUCGUGCAAAAAUUUGGAGCUCUCGCCAGGUUUCAGCCAAAUGAUGGGCAGGGAGUCGUAGAGGAUUUUGGGGAAAGACUCUCCAAUCCGCAUUGUCUCCCUGUCCCAGCGGGCCCCUUCCAGAUAAAGCCCUUUCACGUAGGCUCCAUCUUCAGGCAAUUGAGCCAUACUGUGCUCCUGUGUCAUCACCUAAAUUGGGUGGGGGAAGGAAGGAAGAGAUGGUGUAUUAGAACAUGGCUUAGGUCUUGCAGAAGGAAGGUUCUAUCCAGUGCUAGUUGCUAGCCGAGACAAGGAAUGGCUCCUGCAGAUCUGAAGCACUGAAGCAGGACUUGCUGAAACAUCACAGCCAAUCCUCUGUGACUCAAUCUACCCAGAAACGCCCCAAGUAUCUACAAGGACUGCCCAUCAUGCUUUCUUCCCCAUCCGACUAGCUCACUACGGGCUUCUUAAACAUAAAGAAUGGAAGAGAAAUAUCUACAAAUGCUUGCAAAAGCUAGAUCCCAACACUGGUCCUCAUAUUUCUAAAUGCUCAUUAUGCUUUAGUUCAUAAUGCUCUCCAGACUUAUUACUUUUGAAUCUGUACUCUCUGCACAGACAUUUUCUGAGACAGGGUAAGGGUAAAUCCCAUAGCUCCUCCCCCCCCUUUCUCUAACAACAUGCCAUCAAUUAUUUAAUAUUUUACUAUUAUCUUCUAACACUAAGGGAUCAAUUAAGUAGGAAAACGGCCUCUGUUGUUUCUGGCCUUUGAAUGCUCUGAAUGGACUCUGGAGGAUGCAGCUUCAUAAAUCCAUGUUUUGUGGAAGGAAGGAAGGAAGGAAGGAAGGAAGGAAGGAAGGAAGGAAGACUUUUUUUUACCAGCCUCAGUGUUUUACAAUGGAGAUCAGUGGUACCAUCAGAGCGAGUGUGUGUGCCCAGGGCUCCAUGUAACAGAAUGAGCUGCCCACCCCACCCCCAAUGCAGUAGGAUGGCCUUUUUGAAGUAAAUGAUAUAAUAUGCACUGGUAUUUAAGGAGAGAUGGGUGGAAGCAAGUCCAUGAACUCUAAAAUUACCUAAAAUCCACCAUUAAACUGGCAGAUAUGCUUUAUUGUUCCCUACAUUCCAGUUCAUGCAAAUGUCCCAAUCUUCAGUAGCCUAACUUUGAUCUCUACAGAUGGAUUGGCUGAGGGCGAUGGAAGGAAGACAAACUUUCUCAGUGUACACCCUCUGAAAUUAAUGGGCAUGACUAACGGGUUCCAUUCCAAUGGGUUUACUCUCAGUAGGAUUUCAUUGGAUACAACCCUAGGUUACCAAGUUUCAUUUUGCAUCGUAUACAGGAACUCUUAAACACGGAAUGAAAUUGCUUUACUUACCUCAAAUUCAAAUCCAAUGUGAUCUAUUGGGAUGGUGUAUUUCCUGGCAUAGUUCUGUGAAACUCCUGUCAAGAAGGACUGAGUAAAGUAGAAACCGGAAAUCCAAAACACAAUUGGAGGUCCGUGAUUGAUCCAUUCCUGGGUUUAACAUGAAUCAGCAAAGCAAAUAGUUAUUAUGUGGGAUUAAAAGAAACAACAACUGCAUAUGGUCAGCUGUAAAGUCUUGAAGGCCAAGAGCUUGGGGUAAUGGAAUCUCAAACCGUCAGUUUCCACCAUUAAACAAAUGCAAAUCUGUAAAGGUUUAAGUCCAAAUUUAUAAAUAUUAGAAUAAGAAAUUGACACCCCACUUAGCUGAAAACACCAGCGUGAUCCUUAAGCAUAUAUAAAUAUAAUUUAAAAUAUUUAAAUUUAACACACUUUUUUGGUGUACGCAUCUAUUUCUGGGGCUUUUAUUAAUUAAUUUAUUGUUGGCAACUGCUGUCUCUCUUUGAAGCUUAUCUAAUAAUUAAGGGUUGUCACCAACUAGUCCUACUCCAGAGCAGACCCAUUGAAGUUAAUGGACUUUAACUUUAACUUCACAUUCAAUAGGUCUACUCUGAAGUAGGACUAGCAUUCGAUGCAACCCAAGAUCUCUUAACAGCGAGAGCUUUUUAAACCUCUAUUCCUGCAACAGUUCUUCUAAUCUGUGGCUCUUUCUUAACCACCUAGCUAGCUUUCUACUUCCUGCCUCCAUUUACACUACUUAGAUACUACCGAGUUAAGCCAUAUAUAAACUUUUGUAGUAAAACAAAUAAAAUUGCAUCCUGAGGGAAUAUUGAGUUCCCCAAACUAGUUCUAUAUACUUGAGCCAUCCCAAUAAAUGUCAACAAACCACU